GCGAACCGCGAAACGGAGGCGGACUGACUCCUCUGGCUUGCCGUAGUCGCCCACGCCUCACCGGGUCCCCGGGACGCGCUGCGGCAGAAGAGCAGCCCGGUGCGCGUCGGACGCCUGCGACGCCAGUCCCGGGGGCAAGAGCAUCAGUUUUAAUCUGGGAAGCCUUUAAAUGAAACUUGCUUAAAAUCUUAGAUCCUACACAGAGGAGAGACCUCAACCAACAGUAAGGUGGAAAAGCGUGAUGUUGUCCUUGACAAACCUGCAGAAUAUCAUCUAUAACCCGGUAAUCCCCUAUGUUGGGACCAUUCCUGGGCAGUUGGAGCCUGGAACUUUGAUUGUAAUACGUGGGCAUGUUCCCUGUGAUUCGGACAGGUUCCAGGUUGAUCUGCAGUGCGGGAGCAGCGUGAAGCCGCGUGCCGACGUGGCCUUUCAUUUCAAUCCGCGCUUCAAGUGGUCCGACUGCAUCGUGUGCAAUACUCUGAAAAAUGAAAAAUGGGGAUGGGAAGAGAUCACCUACGAUGUGCCUUUCAAAAAAGAAAAAUCUUUUGAAAUUGUGAUUAUGGUGUUGAAAGAUAAAUUCCAGGUGGCUGUAAAUGGGAAACACAUACUGCUCUAUGCCCACAGGAUUAGCCCAGGGAAAGUAGACACUCUGGGCAUUUAUGGCAAAGUGAAUGUCCACUCAGUUGGUUAUAGCUUCAGCUCGGUGAGUACCCUUCCACCGCUGGGCUCUCCUUCGCUGAUGUCUUCUGAUGACGCGGAUUUCAGAAGUACCCAAGCAUCUACUCUGGAACUGACAGAGAUAAGUAAAGAAAAUGUACUGAAGUCCGACAUGCCACAUUUUCCUAGUAAUAGAGGAGACAUUUCUAAAAUCGUACCCAGAACUGUCUACACCAAGAGCAAAGGUUCGACUGCCCAUCACACUUUGACUUGCGCCAAAAUACUACCUACCAGCUGUUUGUCAAAGACUCUGCCGUUCACUGCGAGGCUGAACUCUUCAAUGGGCCCUGGACGAACCGUCUUCAUUAAAGGAGAAGUGAAUAAAACUGCCAAAGGCUUUAAUGUUAACCUCGUAUCGGGAAAAUCAAAGGAUAUUGCUCUUCACUUGAACCCACGCCUCAAUAUUAAAGCAUUUGUAAGAAACUCUUUUCUUCACGAGGCCUGGGGAGAAGAAGAGAGAAAUAUUACCUGUUUCCCAUUUAGUCCUGGGAUGUACUUUGAGAUGAUAAUUUAUUGUGAUGCUAGAGAAUUCAAGGUUGCGGUAAAUGGUGUACACAGCCUGGAGUACAAACACAGAUUUAAAGAGCUUAGUGAUAUCGACACACUGGAAAUUGAUGGAGAUAUUCACUUACUGGAAGUAAGGAGCUGGUAGCUGAUAUGCUUGCUACAAAAACUGAAAUACAAAAUGACUUAUGUAACACUGGCCCUGUUAAAAUGCAUCUGUUAUAUUUGUAUAUAUAUAUAUUAAGAUGAGCUUGUAUAACGUGAAGUCCUACUAGGCGUUCUCACACUGUGUUCGUUGCCACACAGUGUGGCUUUGUCUGGCACAGAAUAAGGAAAUUUGAGGCAACAGCAACGUACAGUCAUUAUUCAGGUCUUUCUAUUCUCUCUCCCACGCUGGCCUCUUCUUUUUAAAAUCUUCACAUUCAGCAAGUGGCUGUGGGGACAGAAGUCUACAGUGGAGCACAAUAUUCCCCGUUCUCAAGCUCAACAAUAUUCCCCGUUCUCAAGCUCAAAAUCUUCUGUGCUCUGACAUCAUGCCACUGCUUUUCCCACAGGCAUUAGUCACAUAAAGUAACCAGAGGUAAUUACUCAGCUGUGAAGUCACCUACAUAAACUAACUUAUGAAACACUACUUUUCCAGCGAUCCCUUUCAUACCUAAAGUUUAGUCACCUCCCAUAAUGGAAAGGACUGAUGUUGCCUUCCAUCUCGCAGUUUCCUUUGGCAUGAUAAAUACUUAGCUUUACUAGCUGUAAGCAUUGCCAAAUAAUUUAACACUACACAAUCUGAACACAGCACAAAGAUUAAGGCAGAAAAUGCAGCAAAACAAAACCAGUCGUAUUAAAAUUAACUUGAUGUCAGUCUCAAGGCCAAUGAUGUCUCUGUCAGUAAAUGCUUGGUGUGCCUGAAUUCAGGAUGAGUCCGAGGUCUGCACAUACCCCAACAGAAAAUUUUAAGGGACAGGACUUUAGCAAAACAAAGUCAAGAUCAGGUAUCAUGACUGUUGAUAAAAUAGGCACUAUAAGAGGGUGAAUACAGAGACCACUGGGGCAGAGAGGCGUGUACCAAUCUGUUGCUUGUCCCUAUGCAAACGAAUCCUGCCUUUCUGCUCCUCUAAAGGUCAGUCCCUCAUCAUUAGCGACAGAUCAAAACACUGUUCCACUGGAAGUGGUUAAAAUCAGACCUGUAUCAGCAGGUUAAAUUAUUGCAUUUCUGUAAUUUUGUUCUCUUAUUCUCUGAAGUGAGUUGGCAGAAGUUCUUUGUACAAUUCCUACAGGUCAGAUCUUGUUAUAGGAGAUUUCAAAGGCUUGGGAGUAAGGAGGUAAAAAAGCUGAAUCAGUUUGAUCAUUUUAUCAGUUGCUGGGCUGAGUAUGCUGCCGGCAUUUAGAAAUAUUUUCUACAGGUUUUGGUUAGAUAUUAUUUGUACCCAUAUACCAAAAAGACUAAACUAGCAAUCUGAUUUUUUUUUAGAAAUACUCAGAGAAGAAGUUUCUGACAAUUCUUUUCUAUUCAUGUUAAUUAAUUAUGUUGCCUCUUGUCAAACUUUCACUUGGGAAAGUUGAAGGAAUCCCCCAGGGUUUUGGUUUUUUUUUUUCCCCUUUAAAAAGAACACCAGAGGGCAUGACUAAGACAUGCAGACUACAGGCCACUCAGAGAAAAAAGCCCACAUAUAUUGUUUUCUCUAAUACCUAAGCAUACUUAUAUUUGCUCUUGUUACACAUGAAGGUAUUAUUAAGCCAUAAGACAAGUUUUGUGACAGGAAAAAAAAAAAAUCAGUAUUUUAAGAAGAAACUGUUAGCACUUAGGAAUUAAUCUUACCAAGACAUUUCUUAGCUGGGAGGGCCCAGUCCUCCCAAGCCGUAUCUCUGAAGCUGCAGUUUAGCCUUUUGCUUCUCUGUCUCAGUCCCUCACUAAAUUUCUAGAACAAAGGCUUUCAAACUAAACAUUCUAUGGGAAGUUCUUAGAUGCUUUAAAUUUUUUUAAAAAAGGCAUAAGUAAAUAAAAUGCCUUAAAUAAAGGCAGGUUUAAUUUUUCUUAAGCCUUUGCUUCACAUGACAGAGAUUAGAAAACUUCAAAACUUUGAAACAAAUGAUACUUUCUCAUACAAGUAAUUCUUGGAUCACCACCAGUGGAAAUGCGAUCACUUCUAAUCCUGGAGGAGCCAUGCCACCUAGUGUUUUUGGGCCCUGCCUCCACAGCCCACUGCUGUGGCACCCCAAAGACUGAAGGGUAAAGAAGACAAUCCUAGUCCUAAGUGGGAAAUGCAUUCCAGAACUAAUUCCCUCUGUGGCCACACACACAAAAAUUAGGGCUGAAGUGUCAUCUACCCAAAAUGAAAAGUAUUCCAAAUAGCUUCCAGUCUGAAGCGCUGCUGAGUGCAUGUCCUUGAAGAGCUACCGUAAGUGAGAUCACGACUUGCACACAUGUACAUUCGACUUCCCUUUCUGGAAAGAGUUAGGUUUUACUGUCUAAAUGAGGUACUGAGUGCCCAACUUAAACACAGCCAUAGUAUCAAUAACUUCAAUCAGAAAAGACUGCAACAAAUGUUUAAACAAACACAGACUGCGUACAAACACCGGGUACCAUUUACUCUCACGGCCAUUCUGUACAGGGGGUGGGAGAGGCUCUACGGGAGCACAAACUAGGCAGGAAUUUUAUAAAGGAGUCUGCAUAGGGGUCAGGGUACCAAAAGGUAAUAUGGUACCAAACACCCAAAAAUAAAAAUAUGAAAAAUAAAAUCUGA